CAAAACCUUAAACCUCCAAAUCUUGCCCCUCCAUGUCCAUAACCUUCGCCGUCAUCCCCUCGGUCUCUGUCACCGACAAUGGUCACAAAACUCAUGGUACACACCGAUGGCGCAGAAUAACCAGCAGCUACCCAAUUUCAACAACCCUGCCCCACGAUCCUCAAAUCAAGGAGGCAUACAACAAAGCCAACAACUUCUCGCCAUUAUCGAGCACCAGGCGUACCAGAUCCAGCAACAAGACCAGCAGAUCCAAGAGAUAAUCCACAAUAUACAGGCUAUAAAUGCCAGGGAGAUUGCUACAGAGGCUCGUGCAAAGAACGAAACGGUCAAGGCUGCAAACCAAAGCCAAUUAGACUUCGCCUUGAACUACCAAAACCAGUUGGACUUCCCUCUGGGUGCUGAGCUUCUCCCACUCCACGAUCUUCGAACUGGAGCUGUCAUACCAGGUUGUCCUCGAAACUAUCAGGAUUUUUGUGAACUCAGGGAGAGCGUGGCAGACCAGAUCCUCACUGCCCUCCAGCUCCCAGUCGAAAAGGGGCUAGAUGACAAGCUCUCCAAAAUUUACCACGAAUUAUUCUAAGACCAGGUACUAAGUAUGGCUGGAUCCUCCUCCACGAACAGUUCCCUCGUGGAGCUGGGAAGCGUUGUCCACAGCACAAUCGCCCUUGUCACUGAGCUCGAAACU